AUGAGACUACUGGCCCAUCUCAGCUCGCUCCGUCCCUUCAGCACCGUUGUGAGACGGAGCGGCGUGUCCCAGGCCACUGACUCCGAGAACCACUACCGGCUACGAGGGAUCUACCCUUACUUCCUGCCCAUUCAGACCCGUUGGCAAGACAAUGAUCAGUACGGUCAUGUUAACAACAUCGUAUACCACGAGUACUUUGACACGCUAAUCUGCUAUUAUCUUAUCAGGUAUUGCGGGCUAAAUGCCAACCGCCAGACCUCGUCGGUGGUGGGGUUCAUCGUGAACUGCCAGUGCACCUUCCACACAGCCCUGACGUUUCCACAAAACCCACUGGCGGCCCUGGGAGUGGAGCGGGUCGGCCGCUCCAGCGUCUGCUACCGAUUGGCUCUCUUCAAGCCCCGGCGGGGCCGAGCCACCCUGCCCUUGGAUUACGACCUCCUCGCGGAGGGUUGCCACGCCAGCAGCCCACUGCUCGAGGGGUUCGAGAACAUGGCCUGCACCACGGGAAUCACCACCCAGGUCUUCGUCGACCCGGUCACCGAGAAGCCCAAGGAACUGCCCGGCCACUUGAGGGAGCAAUUUGAAAUGAUCCAGAUGAAGCCGAUAGCCUCCUGCUGAAUGUUCUAGCACCUAAACCAGUUGCAGAGUGCCAUUGCCUUCUCUUGAAAGGUACAUUUUGUG